CACAUCCAAAUAGAAAUUUAUCGUGUUCGUUAGAGGUUGUUGCUUCUCCGCGCAAGAAGAAAAGAAUAAUAAAGAAAUCAAAUAAAUUUAACCCAUAGCAAACGCAAAAUUGAGCAACACUCGACAACAAAUGCAAUAGAAAACACGCUGGAUUAAAGUGUUUUGUUUUGUUGAUCAAAGUCAAAUUCAAAUGCAAAUGCAACAACAGGGCAAAAAGUGCGUGUAAAGUGGAAAAACAAAAAUUUAAAUAAACAAAAAAAAAUCAAAGUCAAACAAAACUCGCAGCUAAACCAAAACACAUCAAAGUUGAAUUUUGAAAGAAGUUAACUUCGAUUUAUUGAAACCUCGCAAGUAACCGGUAAAAGCCGUGUAAAAAGCCGCCAAAAUUCUACUCAAAGAGCGUAAAGCGAUCAUCUCAAAAAUGAAGUCCUUGACGGCCGUUUGCCAAACAGGUGCCUCGAUGCCGGCAAUGAAUCCUAAUGGCCGCAUCGCCCGCCAUCCACCGCAUCGCGGCGACGGCGAGAAUGCCGAAAUGAAGAUGUAUCUCUCGAAGCUGAAAGACCUGGUGCCGUUCAUGCCGAAGAACCGCAAACUCUCCAAACUGGAAAUCAUCCAGCACGUCAUCGACUACAUCUGCGAUCUGCAAACGGAGCUGGAAACCCAUCCGGAGAUCAAUAAUUUCGAUGCUGCUGCCGCUUUGAGUGGCGUCGCCGCAGCAGCAGCUGCCGGCGGCUCCGAAGAUGAGGAUGAGAGCGAUGAGAUGGAUCUCGACGCAGCCGAUGAUGUAUUGGCCCAGCGCCUGGCCGCCGAGCAGGAGCAGCUAGCCAAAAUCUCUAGUCCCGCUGCCGCCCGCCUGCCGCUCGCCGAUCGUCAGAGUCCCAACACAAUUCUGCCAACAGCCGCAGCCACAGCAACAACGCUGGCGUCCGCAACAGCGGCAGCACCGGCGCCCCAACAGCAGCAGCAGCAGCCGCUGCCCAACAGUUUAGCGACGCAAUUCAGCGGCGAAAAGGACAGCAGGCAAUCGUAAAGCAGCCGACAGCAGCAGAGGCCGCGGCAGCAGUAUCAACACCUACAACUAAUACUAAACAUUUAAAGCUAUAGAAAUCAUAUUAAUUAAUGUUAGUCGCAGUGUAGUACAGUCAGCUCCACUCAAAACUCAACUCCACUCAGAAACCAACUCGUGUGAAGAUCUCCACAAACAACAACAACAUACAACAAGCAAACAAUAACAAUAACAUCAAUGAAAAAUGAAUUAAUUAUAUCUACAAAUACAUAGACACUGCAGCCACACACCCUCAUCCCCACACAGACACAGGGCGUGUGGCUGUAAAAGCAUUUCACACCAAUACAUUGAAAGAGUUUAGCUAUAAAAACAAAACAAAACCUAAAUAGCAUUAAAAACAAAAUGUAAGCACUAAUACAUUAUUAUUAUUAACAUUUAACGUUUAACAUUUAACUAUUAGCAGCAGUUAAGAAGUAGAAGAAGAUGCAGACGUAGCAGACGAAUGAAGAAGAAGAAAAGAAAA